AUGGCCUCGGCAAGCUACCAGCCUGGGCCUCCGCAAGCUGCCAGCUUGCCUCCGCAAGCUGGAAAGCCAGGACCUCCGCAGGUUGCCGCAGGGCCUCUGCAGGGCUUUGCUGCCAGGGUGCUCCGCAGGCAAAAGCCAGGGUCCCGCAGGCAGCCAGGUUUCCGCAGCCUGUCAGCCAAGGCCUCCGCAGCCUGCCAAAGCCAGGGCCUCCCGCAUCCCUGCAGCCAGGGGCCUCCGCAGAGUGCCAGCCGUGGCCUCUCAUGCUGCCAGCAUGGCCUCCGCAUGCUGCCUAAGCCCUGGGCCUUUUCCGCAGUUACAUUUAAAUGGGCUACGGCGCCCUGUCAGCCAGGGCCUGGGCAUGCGGCAAAGCCAGGGUCCUUCGCUGGCAGCCAAGGCCUCUACAGCCUGCCAGCCAGGGCCUCCGCAGCAUGCCAGCCAGGGCUUCCGCAGCCUGCCAGCUCAGGGCCUCCUCACACGGGCUGGCAGCCAGGGCCUCUGCAGCCUGCCAGACAGGGCCUCUGCAUGCUGCCACCCAAGGGUCUCUCCAUGCUGCCUGCCAUUGGCCCUCCGCAAGCUGCCAGCCACUGGGGCACCGCAGGCUUUGUUGCCAGGGUCUCUACAGGAGCCAGGAGCCCUCCGCAGCCUGCACCAGGGCCUCCGCACGCCGUGCCAGCCAGGGCCUCCGCAGCCUGCCAGACAGGGCCUCCGCAGCCUGCCAGCCAUGGCUUCUGCAAUGCAUCCAGCCAGGCCGUCCCCAAGCUGCCUCCUGGGCCAGUUGAACAUCCAUAUAAAGAUGUAAAUACAAGCGACAUAGGUGCAGUAUAA